CGUGAUGAGCGAGCAUUGAGAGGAGCCAACGGGCCGCCAGCGUGCUGUGUGUCGAUCGAUCGUGAUGAGCGAUCAUGGCGAUGAGUCCACACGCCGCCAGCGUCGCCGUACCAUGCCGCCGGCGGGGCCUGCUUUCCCACUCUACAGCGACGACGUCCUCGGGGAGAUAUUCCUCCGCCUCGGCCCUCUGAAACCCUCGCUCCUGCGCGCGUCUCGCGUGUGCAAGCAAUGGCGAAGCCUCGCCUCCGACCCUGGUUUCCGCCGCCGGUUCGGCGCGCGCCACCGGCAACCCUCGCUCCUCGGCGUCUUCACGCAGCAGCACGGAGAAGCCCUCUUCCGCUCGGUUCCCCUCGACCCUCCUGUUAUUCCUUCGGAGCGCUUCUCCCUGCGAGGCUACGGCUCCUGGGAUCUGCUUGGGUGCCGCCAUGGGCGCGUCCUCAUCAUCAACCACACUGAGGGGAAGGCCAUUGUGCAUCACCCCAUUACUGGCGACCAGCACCGCAUAGAAGUUCCUUGGGAGUUCCGUCAGAAUGGAGUGGUUGCUAAUAUCAAUGGCGCGGUGCUUUGCACGGGCAUGGCGGAGAACAAGGGCCACAUACAUGGUGCGUGCCGCUCAAGCCCCUUUAAAAUCGUUUUGGUGCGCGCCUAUACGGCCUACUCGGCCAAGAGGGAUCUUACUUAUCAUAUGGCCCACGCAUGUGUGUACUCGUCAAAGACUCGAACCUGGGGCAAAGAUGUCUCGGCACUGCUACCAUGUGACAGUUACAUUCCUGGUCACCAUAGCGUCUUUGCUGGUAAUGCCCUUUACUGGUAUCUUCCUGGCUAUAUACUAAAGUUUGAUAUGGGCAUGGAGAGCCUACGUGUGAUUCGGAAACUUCCUGUUGCGAAAGAUUGCUACGAUACAAGCCAUAUUAUCCGCUCAAAAGGUGGCGGUGUUGGCAUUGCUUUUUUGUCAUACCCUACCUUUCAAGUGUGGGACAUGAAGAAUUUCAAGAAAAAAAACAAUUGUCAUGGUGGAACUAGAUGGGCGCUGCGGAAGCCUAUUAGUCUUGAGCUAGGAUGUGGGAGUGGUAUAAGGAUGAAGCAAGCUAUAGUGGGGUAUGACGAGGACGGGCAUCAAAUCUUCUUUCGAGUGGGGAGCAAUAUCUUCAUUGUCGAACUUGUAUCAAUGAAGUCCAGUAAACUAUGGAGAAGCUAUUCUACACACAAAUAUCAUCCUUACACGUGUUACUAUACUGCAGCCCUCGAAACUUCUGCUGAUAAUGCAAGUAUGACAUACGGUGGAGACCAAGAAAAUACUGCUCAAGGAGGAAGCGUGCAAAUUUAAGCGGGUGCCAGUGUCUAUGUGUGUAUAGAUUGAACUUGAGUAUUUCAUUAAGACAAACAGAUGAGCCAUCUAUUUAUAAAGAAGUUUGAUUAGUCUAAAGUUUGGAAAGUUUGGAAUGUUACAAGUUCAGCAAGGACCCAACUAAACCUGGGCAUCCUCCGGUCCGGGCCUGGCUUUGUAAAGCCUCGCCUCAAAAUCUCAAGCCCAAGCCCGGCCCGGCCCGGCUCGAAACAUACGAACAAUGCUCCUUUUUAUUAAAAAUAUUGG